AUGUCUGACGACGAGGAGGAGGGGGCAACCCAGAACGCAAACAAGGUUGUUCUUCCAGAAUUUCAUGAGCGGCACAACGAACUUCGCCCAGACCUCUUUGAGAAGAUCCUGGUCCUUGCCGGUGAAGCAGUGCAGAAACACAAGCUACAGAAGGAUAUAGCCCAGCACAUCAAGCAGGCUUUGGAUACCGACGUCGAUUUCAACGAACUAAUCGGCAAGGGGCCGUGGCAGGUCAUAGUGGGCCGCUCCUUCGCAUCUUCUGUCACCCAUGAGGCUAUGCACAUCGCCUUCUUCGAUUUGCCCAAACACCAGGAGACUUUCCUCAUCUACAAGUCCUUGGGUUCAGCUGCUCUGGCCUCAGUGGCCUCAGCGCGGCGCUCGAAGAGAACUGCGGCCCUGCGUAACCGCAACCAGCGCGUAGCAGCUGUGGCAAUGCACGGAACACCGGUGUGUGCUGGUGUGGUCAUCACUGGUGGAGCUGCUGGCGUGGGCUACGCGUACGCGGAUGAGCUGUUGGCUCGUGGUCAUCAGGUGGUCAUCUGCGACGUGAAGGACUGCUCAUCGGCUGUCGAAUCUCUCAAGGCGAAGCACGGCGAGAAAGCCAGCAUAUAUGCCACAACAUGCGACGUGUCCAGCAUCGAGAGCAUCAACAAUCUCAUCGAGUUCGUGAAGAAAAGCAUUGGAGUUGUGCACUACUGGAUCAACAAUGCCGGCAUCAACGGCGGAAGACGACGCUUCACCGAGAUCACCCCCGAGAUGGUGGACACCGUGGUCCGGGUAAACUUGGGUGGCAUUGUCCUUUGCACACAUGCCGCGAUGAGAAUGAUGGAGCAGCAGAAAGGUGUCGAGAGCCACAUCUUCAACACCGUCGGCAGUGGUGUCAAAGGUGGCGGCACACCGGGAUAUGUCACCUAUGGUGCUACGAAGCGUGGCCUGCCCCAGAUGACGGAAUCCCUGGUGAAGGAGAUCGAGGAAGGCGUGCAAGGGUAUGAGAAGGUGGAGACGCCUGGAAAGGUUAACUGCCACUGCCUGUCGCCUGGCAUGGUCUUCACCGACCUGCUACUGAACGACUCGACGCCUGAGUUGCGGAAGUUCCCCUUCGGGGUCCUGGCAGCACAGCCAGAGGAGGUGGCCAAGGAUUUGGUGCCCAAAAUCCUCAGUGUCAGCGGCAACGGCAAGUCUGUUGAGUUCCUCACGGUCGACAAGAUCUUGACAAAGUUCUUUGGACGCUUCAUCCUGGGAGAAAAAUCGAAGUACAUCGACGAUGAUGGCAACGUCAUCCAAAUGCCUGGUGCACAGUAUCAGGACAAUGGCGUUCGAGUUCUCUACGACGGCAUGAAGUGA